GUCGUGCUUUAUCAUCAGAAUUGGAGGACUGGUUAAAUAACGCUGACAGCCACCAUGCACCUGCCAGGGCUAUUAUUGCACCACAUGCAGGGUUUACGUACUGUGGUGCCUGUGGUGCACACGCUUACAAGCAAGUAGAUCCAACACAUAUUAAACGUGUGUUUAUUCUUGGUCCUUCGCAUCAUUAUGCUCUACGUGGAUGUGCUCUCACACAAACUAGUUAUUACCAAACACCUUUAUACAAUCUAAAAGUCGACAAAGAAAUGAAUGAUAUACUGCAUGCAACCGGCGGUUUUGAUUGGAUGCACAUACGAACCGAUGAAGCGGAACAUAGCAUAGAGAUGCACCUACCAUAUAUUGCCAAGGUUAUGGAAAGGAAACGGGAUAUGUUCACAAUUGUACCUGUGUUAGUAGGUUCCUUGGACUGGAAGAAUGAGCAACGGUAUGGACGCCUGUUCAGCCAGUACCUUGAAGACCCCCAGAAUCUUUUUAUUGUUUCGUCCGACUUCUGCCAUUGGGGUCAUCGUUUUGAUUAUAAAUUUUAUGACGAUUCUUACAAGUCAAUUCACAAAUCUAUAGAAGCACUAGAUAGAAUGGGUAUGGAUAUAAUAUCAUCACUCGAUGCUCAUGGUUUCCAUGACUACUUAAAGAAGUAUUCAAAUACAAUCUGUGGCCGCCACCCAAUUGCAGUACUUCUAAAUGCGGUGGAGGAUAUAAAAUCACGACGAGGUGGUCAGAAUGGAAUGUCCUUCAAAUUCUUGAGCUAUGCACAAUCGAAUCAAUGCAAGUCCAAAGAUGACAGCUCUGUAAGUUAUGCUGCUGGUGCCUUGGUUCUAAGUUGAGGGCAGCAAAUGUUUUUAAUGGACAAAUUAAGGAAAAUACAGGAAUUCUUUUGAAGAAGACACCUCCGAAGUUCCGCCUUCCAAAACUUAUCAAGUUGUAGCUAUCUUGAAAGUUCUUCAAAAAUUGAUUAUUCUGUGAUUUAAAAUUGUUCAUUGUUGUCACAUGUUGCAAUUAAAAUUAUGUGAUGACUCGUACUGGAAUGCUGUGUCCGUUAGUGCUAUUAGCUGGUUUUUAAAAAAGGACUGCCUUAAAAACUUACGUAAAUUAGAGUUGUUUACAUAUUAAUGCAUAUUUUGGGUAACUAAAGUACUGUAGUUAAACACUUGUGUGAAAUUUACUAUAAAAAUUAUUAUCCAAGAAAUAGUUAAUAUCACAACUCCAGUAUAUAGCUUUAGAAAUGUCAUGAAUAUAAUAUGAUAUAAUUAUAACAAGGGGAAUUGUGGAAUGUUGGUCAUUGUGCCCAUCUUCAAAUACCAGGGACAUUGGUUCAGUCCUUAUAUAUUUAUUUUUCUCGUAAUUAAACAGAAACAUUUCCCUGUACCUGAACACCAGUGUAUAUAAUACUGUAGUUAAUCCUAUUCUGUGAACAUGGUGAGACUACCCAUGCUUAUAUAUAAAAUACAAUUCUUCAAUUGAAACACACAUGAUUUAUGUUAGUAGUAGGUAACCAGUUAACACUUUUUUUGUUUAAUAAACUUAUUCAACAUCAGUUGUUGAUUAUUGAUGUACUGAUAA